CAAGACUAGUCCCGUAAUCGAGAGUAUUGAAACCGUCUGGUACGGCAAUACUGUGUAAUAUUACGAUAUAGAUCCGUUUGGAUUUCGAUUCACUCCAACAUCCCAUCAUCAUCUUAAGACUCUCUCUCUCUCUCUCCUCUCGGGAUCGUCACAGCCCCCUCCAGCUUCUCUCGUGUCUCUCCCAGAACAACCUUGUUCUAUUUUUGUCCUGUCUUCUCAGCUUGUCUUCUCCUGGUCCACCCUACAUAUACACUCAUCUGUCCCGCACGCCCCUCCAGGAUGGCUCCCACCAGACCAACCCUCCGUCCUUUGAAGACACCCAAAAACAUGAACAUGUCCUUCCCAUCCGAGCUCCGUGAGCGUCCCUACUUGACAUGUCUUGACCGGCCCUGCGAGGACAUGAAGAAAGAAGACCUCGACACUGAAGUGUCUAUUACCCCUCCACCAGCCUAUACCGAGUUCCUCAACACCUUCAGUCCCAUCUUCUCCAGCCCUUCGCACUCCCGGGCCAACUUCUCCAAGUACAUGCACGACCGGCCUCGUGCCUCGCCUGUCUCGACUCCCUCGAGUGCCACAUCCACCACCUUCAGCGGCCACCUGCCGAGGAGCGCCUCUUCUCUCCAUCCUCCUCCUUCCGCAGCCUCCUACUCCCCUAGGAGCCCAGACCACGUCCGUCGCUUGCGUCUGCCUCCACCUUAUCUCUACACCCCCGUGUCGGACUCUCCGCGCAGUGCGCACCCCCUCCGCUCUCUCCACUCCCCGUCUGACUGGCGCGUGAGGCCGUACGACUCCCCGGUCAGCGAGAACGGCCACACCCUCAGUGUCCGCCAUGUGGUCACCACCACCAUCACGUUGAAGCGUGCACCGCAGCUGGACCCUCCUCCGCAGGGAAAGCGCAGAAGAAAUGUGGAUCGUCGGAAUGUAUAGUCUUGCAUCACUAGCUGGACUAGGUAGUCAUGGCCAUUUCUCAUGUCUAAUUGUUUUUGUCUUGCUCAGCAUUGGAAGGAUAAGCGUUUGGCUAUAGGUUUAUCUUUAUUUUCUUAUUUGUUUUCUGAGUUUUUGUCAAUCUUUCUUUUGUUUGUCACUGUCUCAUGUUUCGUCGUUGUUCAUUGCAUCGCUUGCGGCAUGUAUUUUUCUGAGCAGCAGGCUGGGGUGCGGAGUUGGUCUUUGCUAUGUAUAGUGGGAUUUGAUAAAGGCAUCUCAUUUAGAGCAACCAUUGAAUGACUUACGUAUCC